UCUUCUCAACAUGGACCCCGCCCCAGCCACCUCUCUAUCCAGGCCUAGAAACCGAGAGAGAGGGAGGGAGGUUUCCUCGAUCACCAGCGUCGCCGGCUGGAAAGAAGGCGACGCCGCCUCCGUCCAUCGGGUCAACGUCGACUGGAUCCCCGGGAACGCUGCCGCGCCAUGGAGCCCCGGAGCACGGCCGCGCCACCGCACCACCGUUGCUAGGGCUUCUUCGUUGCCGCUUCCCUGUGCUGCGCCAAAAGCUUCACCUCCUCGACCUCAGCUAAACACCCCAAGAAUCACCCCAAUACGAGCUUUGUAGAAGGAGAACGUCCAUCGUCUUUCCCGGCCUCGGCCGAACCCCGUCGACUCGAUCUCUCUCCAUACUCGGCCGUCGUCGACUUCGCCGUGACGCCGAAGCUCUCCAUCGACAUCGACUCCAAGCCGUUCCGCAAGCUGCUGUUGCGGUCCAAGCCUCGCAAACACCAUGCUUCUGACCGAUGGCCGGCCACCCACCCAACCACCGCGGAGAAGGCAUGAUUGACUUUAUGGCAGAGUUGGCACGUAUGACGCUGGUGGUGGGCUACCCCAACGCGCCAGAGUACACGACUGUUCCACCGCUCAGUGGCGAGCUUCCUCACCGUGUUCGCCUGGAGGUCCACGGCUACGUGGGUACCUGCCUAGCUAAUAUGGUGGUUGAGGCAUCCGGAGGCACAGCAGAUCACGCCUGUCAGGAGGCAGCAUACCUGAUGAUGGCCAGACUACGGGAGCGCCACAACUACAUCUUCCACGACACGGCGUACCGAUUUCACCCUUGUCGAGCCAGCGGUGAUGAUGUCAGUACUUUCCGUCCGACAGCCGGCGAGAACGACACCACCUUUGGUCACAUGUGUGCUGUGAUGAGGGGAUUGGAUAGGAUGCACUCGGACCUGCACAAGGCGUCCAAGGCCUUGAAUGAUGGGAAGCUCAUGAGGAUCGUCGCUCUGAAGGACGAGAUAGCGCGCCUGAAGAGGGAGAAUGCUCAGUUAAAGGGUCUUCCUGCGCCAGGAGGAGUCCGGAUCCGCACUACGCCCCGCAAGACGAUGACUGCACCCGUGCGCAUCCAGCUUGCGCCCAGGAACCCACCUCCAUCCGCAGUUCCCGCACCUCCCGUUCCACCCGCAGCUCUGGCAGUUCCUGCAGCUCCAGCACCAGCUCCAGCUCCCGUUCACGUGUCAGCUCCCGCGUCCGCUCUCUCCUUCGCUCCAGCAUCAGCCGCCAGGGGUCCAGCCAGUGGCAACGGAGGUUGGUUGUCUGCUACUCCCAGUGGCAGCUGCGAUCUCAGCAGCAGUAGCUCCAGUGGCUCAGAGUCGGGCAGCGGCGAGACUUAUCUGCCAGGCUCCAGGAGUCGCUCAGAGGGACCUGGUGACGAGCAGGAGGACGCCUUCGACUCCACCGACCGCAGGAGCCGUUCUGAGCAUUAGGCUCGUU